GCAGAGGAGGAGGUUGUUGAGGAUAUAUAACCGCUACCGGCUCAUACAGACGCCCGCGGGGGGUGAGGAGCAGGAGGAGGAGGAGCAGGUGCAUGAAAUGGCGAUGAGGACGCUGUUUUUGGGGAGUGCUGGGUUUCUGCUUAACAACUUCGUUUUUGCCCCUACUAGUACCAGUACUCGUCGCCUGCACCCGUUUGGUCAGGGCGGGCCGUGGUCUGAAGAGGAUGCGGACCUCACCUCGGCGGUCGUCAUCAGUUUGUCAGCGUCCAGCAAGACAGGCCGGUCAUUUGCGUGGGAGCUGGCGCGAGAUCGGGAUGUGGCAGUUCACGGCCCGUUAGCCCUGCUGCAGUUGACUUCGGUGCCGGGCUGUGUUCCGCAGCACCCUAAAGCGUCGUUGCCGAUCAUGGCGGCGAGGUAUGAUGAGCUUGAACGUGGCAUGGACUGGGUUGCAAGCUUCCGGCCGAGCAGGGUAGUCAUUGUUGACUUUGGUGCUGCGGAGAGUGUUUCCGAGUCACUGGCUGCUGCCGCCAACAAGAUGGAUGUGGCGGUCUCUGUUAUAGGGGUUGGUUCGGAAGCGAAGGUGUACUCGGAAUCGGAGCUGCUGGGGCGGGUGGAACGGAGCAAAAGGCUGGGAAAGGUCCAACUCAACACAGGUGCCCUCCUGGAUCGCGCGCUAGAGGUGGAAGCGCCGGGGAAAUUUAUGUCGAAGAUGGAUGAUGCGUGGCGAAGGUGCUAUGAGGAGGGCGGCUUUGGGGAUAUCGAGCUGACGUUUUAUCGUGGUGUUAAAGGGCCCCGUGGCAUUGAAGGGGCUUGGACCGACCUCUGUAGCCAGAGAGUUGGACCGAAUGUUGGCAUUGUAGUCCAACUGUCUGGUGAUGAAUAGGGGUACAAGUUGAGGUGCUUCAGGUUGAGCUACCGAGCGGGGGAUUCUCUUUGACAUGGUGCCUAGCUACCGUAGGUUACACACUACCCAGCAGAGGUAGGGGGGAUCUCUGUCCGCAUGUUCCAUCUCAUGACAUUAUAGUCCGGC